AUGUGCAACUGCAACAUUCUUUACUUAGUACUACUACUUUGCAGCUUUUCUCUAAGAUGCAACGCGGUGCAGAGUGACAUUGAUUGCUUGAUAUCCAUAAAACAAUCGUUGGAAGACCCUUUAAAUUUAUUGAAUUCAACGUGGAAGUUCGAUAAUCAGACAGAAGGUUUUAUAUGCAAAUUUGCAGGAAUACAAUGCUGGCAUCCUGAUGAGACUAAAGUUUUAUCCAUUACUCUUUCAAACAUGGGACUAAUAGGUACGUUUCCGCGAGGCAUACAAAAUUGCACUUCUUUAACUUCUCUUGAUCUUUCAAGCAAUGAGCUAUAUGGAACCAUCCCUUUGGAUAUAUCAAUAUUAAUUGGAUAUGUUGUAGAUGUUGAUCUCUCGAGUAAUCAAUUCUCAGGCGCGAUCCCAAGUAACAUUGCAAAUUGUUCUUUUCUUAAUGUCCUCAAAUUAGACAACAAUAAACUAGAAGGUCUAAUCCCACCUGAAAUUUGCUCCUUAUGUCGACUCAAGACGUUUAAUGUUGCCAACAACAUGUUGACAGGGCCAGUGCCAAAUUUUGUCAAUGCCACUUUUCCAGCUGAAUGUUAUGCUAAUAAUCCAGGACUUUGUGGUAGUCCUUUGGAAUUAUGUGUUACAGAACGCGCACUGAACCUUUAUAAUAUUUUUAUUAAAGGUUUUGUGACGGGUUGGUCAUUUUCGACUUUACUUGGUAUAUAUCUUUUUUUCUUUGGUUUACCUAAUGUAAAGAAGAUGCUACUAUGGAUCAAGAAGAGAACAAAGUUAGUGGUGAUUGAUGGAAAUGAAUGGCGUCAACGAGAAGAAGUAAACAACGACACAAAGAUUUUAGAACUGGAGAAGAUUGUUACAAGAAUGAGUUUUAUGGAGCUAUCAAAAGCGACUUUAAAUUUCAGCCAAGACAAUGAAAUCGGGAAUGGAAUGCUUGGGAAAGUGUACAAAGCACUGGUCCCAAAUGGAUGGACUGUUGCCAUAAAGAGGCUCCAUGUUUCAGAGGAUUUGGAGGAAGAGUUUGUUUCCGAGAUCACAACUCUGGGUAGUCUGAGGCAUCCGAAUUUGGUGCCUCUAAUCGGCUUUUGUUCUGAGAGGGAUGAACGACUUCUGGUUUACAAAUACAUGCCUAAUGGAAACUUACACGAGUGGCUGCAUUCAACCGAAGACAAGGCAAGACUCUUGGACUUUGCUCUAAGGGUUAAAAUUGUUAUUGGUGUCGCCAAAGCCCUGGUUUGGCUUCAUGAUGGUGGAAAUUUCCAUGUUGUGCAUAGUAACAUUAGCACAAAAUGUAUCUUGGUCGAUGAAAAUUUCAAUCCCAAGUUAUCCAAUUUUUGGGAGGCAACACUUGCAAAAACAAAUGUCAUAGAUUCAAAUUUGAGUCUACUGCCAAUAGUCGAGUCUUUAGACUUUGCCACAUACAAAAAAGAUGUCUAUCACUUCGGGGUUGUGCUUCUCGAGCUUUUAACGAGAAAAGAAUCUUACCAGUUGAGCUGCUUGAGUCUAAAUUUAUCCAGCAGCUCAUUUGCCAGUCCUCUUGAUGUGGACACACUAUUGUUAGGCCAAGGGUUUGAUAAUAUGGUAUUGCAGCUACUUGAACUUGCAAGUGAUUGCAUGAAAUUCAUUCCAGAUCAAAGGCCAACGAUGCAACAAGUGUAUCAGACUCUUGCUGCGAUUGCUCAAGUCCAUGACCAAACAGGGGACCCUGAAAUAAAGUUGCACUUGGACUAG